UCCGGGCGGCGCGGCGGCGGCAGAAAUGAUGGAAGAAUUGCAUAGCCUGGACCCACGCCGGCAGGAGUUGCUAGAGGCCAGGUUUACCGGAGUCGGUGUCAGCAAGGGGCCACUCAACAGUGAGUCUUCCAAUCAGAGCUUGUGCAGUGUGGGAUCCCUGAGUGACAAAGAAGCGGAGACUCCUGAGAAAAAGCAGAAUGACCAACGAAACCGGAAAAGGAAAGCGGAACCAUAUGAAACUAGCCAAGGAAAAGGCACUCCUAGGGGACAUAAAAUCAGUGAUUACUUUGAGUUUGCUGGGGGAAGCGGGCCAGGAAGCAGCCCUGGCAGAAGUGUUCCACCAGUUGCACGGUCCUCACCUCAACAUUCCUUAUCCAAUCCCUUACCGAGGCGGGUAGAGCAGCCCCUGUACGGGCUGGAUGGCAGCGCCGUAAAGGAGGCUUCAGAGGAGCAGCCCGGCCUGCCGACGCUGAUGUCCGUGAUGCUGGCCAAGCCGCGACUCGACACAGAGCAGCUGGCGCAGAGGGGAGCCGGCCUCUGCUUCACUUUUGUCUCAGCUCAGCAAAAUAGUCCGUCUUCUACAGGAUCUGGCAAUACAGAGCACUCCUGCAGCUCCCAAAAGCAGACCUCUGUUCAGCACAGACAGACCCAGUCUGACCUCACAAUAGAAAAGAUAUCUGCACUAGAAAACAGUAAGAAUUCUGAUUUAGAGAAGAAGGAGGGAAGAAUAGAUGAUUUGUUAAGAGCCAACUGUGAUUUGAGACGGCAGAUUGAUGAACAGCAGAAGAUGCUAGAGAAAUACAAAGAGCGAUUAAAUAGAUGUGUGACGAUGAGCAAGAAACUCCUUAUUGAGAAGUCAAAGCAAGAGAAGAUGGCGUGUAGGGACAAGAGCAUGCAGGACCGCUUGCGACUGGGCCACUUCACCACCGUCCGGCAUGGAGCGUCAUUCACUGAACAGUGGACGGACGGCUAUGCUUUCCAGAACCUCAUCAAGCAGCAAGAAAGGAUAAAUUCACAAAGGGAAGAGAUAGAAAGACAACGGAAGAUGUUAGCAAAGCGAAAGCCUCCCGCCAUGGGCCAGGCCCCUCCAGCAACCAGUGAGCAGAAGCAGCGUAAAAGCAAGACCAACGGGGCUGAAAAUGAGACGUUAACGUUAGCAGAAUACCAUGAACAAGAAGAAAUCUUCAAGCUCAGAUUAGGUCACCUUAAGAAGGAGGAAGCAGAGAUCCAGGCAGAACUGGAAAGACUAGAAAGGGUUAGAAAUUUACAUAUCAGAGAACUGAAAAGGAUACACAAUGAAGAUAACUCACAGUUUAAAGAUCAUCCAACACUAAAUGACAGAUACUUGUUGUUACAUCUUUUGGGUAGAGGAGGUUUCAGUGAAGUUUACAAGGCAUUUGAUCUAACAGAACAAAGAUAUGUAGCUGUGAAAAUUCACCAGUUAAAUAAAAACUGGAGAGAUGAGAAAAAAGAAAAUUAUCACAAGCAUGCGUGUAGGGAGUACCGGAUUCACAAAGAGCUCGAUCACCCCAGAAUAGUUAAGCUGUACGACUACUUCUCCCUUGACACUGACUCGUUUUGUACAGUAUUAGAGUACUGUGAAGGAAAUGAUCUGGACUUCUACCUGAAACAGCACAAACUAAUGUCAGAGAAAGAGGCCCGGUCCAUUAUUAUGCAGAUUGUCAACGCUCUAAAGUACUUAAAUGAGAUCAAACCUCCCAUCAUACACUAUGACCUCAAACCAGGUAAUAUUCUUUUAGUAAAUGGUACAGCAUGUGGAGAGAUAAAAAUCACAGAUUUUGGUCUUUCCAAAAUAAUGGAUGAUGAUAGUUACAAUUCAGUGGACGGUAUGGAGCUGACAUCACAAGGCGCUGGGACUUACUGGUAUUUACCACCAGAGUGUUUUGUGGUUGGGAAGGAACCACCAAAGAUUUCAAAUAAAGUUGAUGUCUGGUCGGUGGGUGUUAUCUUCUACCAGUGUCUUUACGGGAGGAAGCCCUUUGGCCAUAACCAGUCCCAGCAAGAUAUUCUACAAGAAAAUACUAUUCUUAAAGCUACUGAAGUGCAGUUCCCGCCAAAGCCUGUAGUGACACCUGAAGCAAAGGCAUUUAUCCGACGAUGCUUGGCCUACCGGAAGGAGGACCGCAUUGAUGUCCAGCAGCUGGCCUGCGACCCUUACUUGCUGCCUCACAUCCGAAAGUCGGUCUCCACAAGCAGCCCUGCUGGAGCUGCUGUUGCGUCCACCUCUGGGGCAUCCAAUAACAGCUCCUCGAAUUGAGAUCGACUCCUAGGCCACAGACUGCUGCCGGACAGAGCGCACAGGCGGCGUUGAGCAGCGGGUUUGGAGCGCGGCGAAUCCGAAUGGGUCUCGUGAAACCUGCACCAGGUGCUUUUAUUUUCUUGCUUUUUCCCACCCGUAGAGCGUGACAGCAUCGGUCCUCACUGAGGAGAGACCUUGGGCGGUUCCGACCAGGCCGUGGGAAAAGGCCGAGCCCAAGGUUCCGGCGUCGGCGGCCACUGUGUGUGGCGGCUGAGUGAGGAGAAGAACUGAAAAAAACUGGUUCCGUGUACUGUGGCCUGAAAACAAGCAGACUCGGGGUCCCUGAUGCAGUGCUUCAGCUGAAGAAUGUGGACUCGGAAAGUACAGACUGGGCUAGUCCAGUGUCUAUAUUUAAACCUGUUCUUUUCUUUUAAUAAAGUCUAGGUAACAUCUCCUGAAAAGCUUGUAGCACAGAGUCUCAGCUGGGGAUGGUGUUUGACUUGGGAGGACGAAAGUUGCUGUUGCCUGCCACAGGCACUAGAGUUAGUGUUUUAUCCCCAAGUAAUUCCAAUUUCUAAAACAUGCAGCUUCCCUCUCCCUUUUUAUUUUUGGAAGAAUACAGUGGGUCAUAAAGUGAAACCCGUAUCCGCAAGUACGUGGCGAUUUUCAUUCCAACCAGAUGCAGCUUUCUCCUCUGUCUGGUCUCCCGUUUGCAAUCACUUCCCUCCUCUCAGCAGGGAAAAGAUUGAGGAGGACUGAGACAUGUGGGCUUUUGCCAGUGGACAAAGAACGCGGUCAGAAGGCUGCAGCUUGGAGUCUCUUUAGGUUUUCAGCUAUUUCUUCACAAUUUGAACACUUGACGGUUUCCCCUUUUAAUUUAUUUGAAGUGCUAUUUUUUUAAAUAAAGGUUCAUCUGUCCAUCA